CUGGCGCCUCUUGUGGGAUUCCAAGCAACUUCCUGGCCUUGUCACUGAGAACUUAUUUUUGUUUGAGUAUUUUUAUCAGUGAUAAGGUGUAAAUCCUGUUUUUUUCUGGGAAAAUAGUGCGCAAAAACCGUAAGAAUGAUAGCUGGAGGACACGGUGAUCCAAAUCCUAAUACGUCCUGGCUGGAUUCUCGUGGGAUGUGGUUGGCUUAUAUUCUUGGUGUCUUGGCUUUUCAUGUGAUUCUCCUGGCCAUUCCUUUUGUCACAAUUCCCAUGGCCUGGACCAUCACAAACCUCCUUCAUAACCUGGCUCAUCUGUACUUCCUGCACUCCAUCAAAGGGGCUCCCUGGAUGAGUACAGAUACGGACAGUUGCAGUCAAUUGACCCAUUGGGAGCAGAUUAACGAUGGAGAGCAAUUUACAGCAACCAGGAAAUUUCUCACAGCUCUGCCCAUUAUUCUAUUCCUCCUGACCUGCAUGUACACCAGGAAUGACAAUGAUCAUUUUGUGGCAAACUUUUUGUCACUCAUCGUGGUUCUUCUGCCAAAAAUGCCCCAAUUCCAUGGUGUCCGGUUAUUUGGAAUCAACAAGUACUAAGUUAACCAAUUUGCGAAUCGUUACUUAAUUAUUAUAUAAAAUUCUGUUAUCUCAUAACGACAAAAAUCUGUUAUCAUCCUUUUAUUAUUUCAUGGGAAUAGGAAAGUUUGAUACCCAGGAAUGUGGUGAAAAAAAAAAUAAAAGAGAUAAGUUUUACUUCAAUAGAAGGUUGUGCUGGAAAAAUUAAGAGGAAUUUAUUUAGGAAGAGUCUACGGCUCUAAGGAGAAAAAAAUCGUGAUAUUAGAUUGAUUUUUUUUUUUAAUUUUAUCUACACAGAAAAGUGGUUAUAAUAUAAGUCCAUGAAAAUUCCCAUGAGAUCCUUCUGGCAUCCAAGGAAAAAUUAAACUGACUGAAAAAUUGUU